CUCUAUUUUGCAGAUAACAUUGAUGAGUUUGAACAUAAUAUAAUUCAAAAGAAGAUGAAAAUUCCUAAGAUGUCGACAAGGAAUAUGGGAAAUUUAGUUGAGAACCACUUUGGGGAGGAACGACUGCCACUGAGACAUAAAAAGGUAAGUUCAACUAAGCAAGGUAGUCAAAACUAGUCAUAGUUUUCAAACUGUUAGAGCAUUUCUAUGAUUUUGUGCUCAGUGAAUUUGAUGGUGCGUAAGUAAGCAUUUUACUGUUAGUCAACACCUGUUGUUUAUGAAGCAUGUGACAAAUAAAAUUUGAUUUGAGUGAUUCAAAAUCUUCUCUAAUAAUGCUGUUCUCAAGGAUUAUGACGAAUACUGAUGGUAAUCGCUUUUUAUAAUAUAACGAACUGUUACUAUGAGUUUGGACGUUGCCCAAUAAUCCCCCUGCUAUUUGUUUAACCAUAUGCUGGAUGAACACAAAUUCAGCACUCUGGACAGCUGCCCUUUAACAGGCAAGUCCUCUGAGCUGCUCAUCAAACAACCUCAUGACUCCACUCUUCCCAGUGAUUUAUAGCACAUCAUAUAAUUUUGUCAAGCUAGCCCCCCCACCGCUAUGGAUAUAUGGACAUCCACUCAACAUUUACAUUUUAAACUAAAUAUAUACUGAACAAAAAUAUAAACACAACAUAAAGUGUUGGUCCCAUGUUUUAUGAGCUGAAAUAAAAGAUCCCAGAAAUGUUCCAUACGCACAAAAAGCUUAUUUCUCAACGCUUUUGUGCACAAAUUUGUUUAUUUCCCUGUUAUUGAGUAUUUCUCCUUUGCCAAGAUAAUCCAUCCACCUGACAGUUGUGGCAUAUCAAGAAGCUGAUUAAACAUGGUCAUUACACAGGUGCACUUUGUGCUGGGGACAAUAAAAUGCCACUCUAAAAUGUUCAGUUUUGUUACACAACACAGAUGUCUCAAGUUUUGAGGGAGUGUGCAAUUGGCAUGCUGACUGCAGGAAUGUCCACCAGAACUGUUGCCAGAGAAUUGAAUGUUCAAUUCUUUACUAUAAGUCGGCUCCAACGUCGUUAUAGAGAAUUUGGUAUGCCCAACCGGCCUCACAACCGCAGACCACGUGUAACCAUGCCAGCCCAGGACCUCCGCAUCCGGCUUCUUUACCUGCGGGAUCGCCAGAGACCUGCCACCCGGACAGCUGAUGAAACUGAGGAGUAGUUCUGUCUGUAAUAAAGCCCUUUUAUGUGGAAAAAAUCAUUUUGAUUGGCUGGGCCUAGCUCCCCAGUGGGUGGGCCUGGCUCCCAAGUGGGUGGGCCUAUACCCGCCCAGGCCCACCCAUGGCUGAGCCCCUGCUCAGUCAAGUGAAAUCCAUAGAUUAGGGCCUAAUUUAUUUAUUUAAAUUCACUGAUUUCCUUAUAUGAACUGUAACUCAGGAAAAUUGUUGCAUGUUGCAUUUAUAUUUUUGUUCAGUAUAUAAAUAUAUAGUCAAAAAUUAGUUUUUAUUUGACUGAAAAUAUGACAUUUAUGACACACCAGAUCACUGUUAUCACAUGAAUUGAUGAUGCAGGCUCCACUUCAUUAUUAUCACAAUGAUAACCUGCAUUAAGUCCUAUUUGAUUCUACAGGCCCAGACACAGGACAAUGGGCGUCCCACAGGCAACUCCUCGAAGAGCCUGGCAGCGGUGGUGGCCCGCCUGGAGAGGAACGCUGUGAGUUCCUGCAUAGAGGGAGAGGAUGACCUGGAGGAGGACCGACUGGCUGAGUUGGAAGAAGAAGAGGAUGGUGACUCUGGGCCUGAGAAGGCGGUGGUACCGCGGGUUCUGUAUGAGGAGCUGGUCCACAGCUACAGGCAGCAGGAGGAAGAGAUGAGGAGGCUACAGCAGGAGCUGGAGAGAACCCGCAGGCAGCUGGUCCAACAGGCCAAGAAGCUGAAGGAGUAUGGCAACCUGCUGACAGAGGUGAAGGAGCUGCGUGACUUCAACAGGAGGCUGCAGGACGUGCUCCUCAUGAGGCUGGGCAGCGGUGAGAGACACACACUCUCCAGUCACCUCUCACUGCAGCCUGCCAUGCACGUUUGUUCAGGUUAAGAAAAAACUGUUUUACUAGACUAGUGUCACCCACAUUCAGAGUUGUCGAGAUGUUUAAUCUGUAGGUUUGGGUACUGUUGUAUAUGCUUUUUAGCAAUCAGCUGCACAGUUGAUAACAAGUUAUGAAAUAUUUGGUUGUUAUCGUUAAAGUCUUUAGUGUGUUUAUGUUGUAAAACGUAGUAUUUGCUUGAUACUACAGCUAUUUGGACUUAUAGUUUCUAGAGAGAGGGAGAGAGGAAGUGGUGUAAUCGGUGAGUUUGCUAAAAACUUAAAUAUUGUACUGAUUGAGAGAGGAUCAAGUCUGUAUCAGCGCAGCCGAUGUCCCCUUAUAGCGUGAGCGUACCGUGCCUGCUCCACUUACUCAUUGCUAGCUCUAGCCUGUCCUGAGGAACCACUGCACUCACUGGGAGUCUGGGCUGCAUCAUGUUAGCUCCCCACCCAUGCUGCACAGAAGUUAGCACACUUGAAUAAUGCAACACGGCAUGUAGAAAUAUUGUUAUUUACUGUUCGCAAAACUAUGUGCAUUACAGGCUAGAACACUUUACAAUGCAGGAAGAUACCAGUAGCUUCCAGCUUUGUAGGCUAACGUUCCUUGCUGGGGCGGUUGUUAAACUUAUUUUUUUUCCUUUGGGGAGGGUUGUGUGUUUUUUAAAAUUAGAUACAGGGGAGGGUAGUGCAUUUUUUCCCUGGUUUACAUUUUGCAGGUUUUACUAUAUAAUUUAUUCCAUCCUAGCUACAUUUCCUCAUCUGCUAGCAUGCGCCUUCCCUAUCAAGGUGUUUUGGUACUUCCCUUUUGCACUAUGCUUUUCCGCGUGCUAUACCACAGGUCAAUAUAGUCUACCAGUUUGUCUAUCCUGCCCUCUAUCCACCAUUCAUAGUGACAAUAGUGGUAGGUGGAUUGUUUGUCCAGAUCUGCAAUAGGCUAACUUAAAUCAUUCAAAGCUGCACCAGUUUAGAUUUUUUUAUUCCACAAGAACAUAGAGGAAUAGCUGAUAGGCAGCAGAGAGGCCAGGUGCCUCAUUGCGAAUGGAAGAACAGUGAAGACAUGAGACACGCAGCUCAUAGAGCUCCCUGAUUGAUCUUGUUUAAGGACAAUACAAUUAUCCUACCUAGACUAGCCUACAACACCACAAUGCAAUGAAUAAUUGUAUUACUGUUUUCAAGGUAGCACAAAAUUCUACUUUAGGCUGUAAACUGCAGUGAAAAUGUCAUUUUAUUAACGGCGCAAAAGCCCUGUGAUUUCCAUUCAUUCCUUUUGAAUCAGUUGUGGUUAUACUCUCGACAGUUUAUAAGGUUUAGAAAGGCACAGUAGCACGCCAGUCUGGCUGUAUUCUUACAGUAGCACGCCAGUCUGGCUGUAUUUUUACAGUAGCACGCCAGUCUGGCUGUAUUUUUACAGUAGCACGCCAGUCUGGCUGUAUUUUUACAGUAGCACGCCAGUCUGGCUGUAUUUUUACAGUAGCACGCCAGUCUGGCUGUAUUUUUACAGUAGCACGCCAGUCUGGCUGUAUUUCUACAGUAGAACGCCAGUCUGGCUGUAUUAUUACAGUAGCACGCCAGUCUGGCUGUAUUUCUACAGUAGAACGCCAGUCUGGCUGUAUUUUUACAGUAGCACGCCAGUCUGGCUGUAUUUUUACAGUAGCACGCCAGUCUGGCUGUAUUUUUACAGUAGCAAGCCAGUCUGGCUGUAUUUUUACUUCUGAUACUGAGAUGCGCUGUCUGUUGCGGAUCAUUAUUCUCCCAAUAAUGUGGCCACAUAGGUCUAUGCUCCCAGUAGGCCCAGUUAUUCAGGAACGCUUAAUGUGCGCUCUGCCUCCUCUCUGAUCCGAGAGGCUAUUCCUCACGUACCUAGAACUUAACACUUCAAUAUAGCCAAGAUAUUUGUCAUUUAACUUUUUGUCAUUACCUUUUAUGUGUGGCAUAAACUCAACCAGUCACAAUGUUUUUUGGGGGGUUUUUUAUACCCAUUUUGCUCCCCAUUUUUGUGAUAUCCAAUUGGUAGUUACAGUCUUGUCCCAUCACUGCAACUCCCGUACGGACUUGGGAGAGGCGAAGGUCGAGAGCCAUGUGUCCUCCGAAACACGACCCUGCCAAGCCGCACUGCUUCUUGACACACUGCUCGCUUAACCCGUAAGCCAGCCACACCAAUAUGUCAGAGGAAACACUGUACAACUGGUGACCGUGUCAGCGUGUAUGCGCCCGGCUCGCCACAGGAGUCGCUAGAGAGGGACAAUUUGUAGCAUAUAUUUUAUGUAAAUAUAGAAUCAAAAUGUAGAAAAUCUGAUUUCCCCCUAGCUGAUCAUUGUCAGCAUUGUUAAUUCAUUUGUAUUUUUUUUGUACAGUAAGUGGAGGGUCAUGUGAAAAUAUUUGUAACGUUGGGGAGGGGGAGCAUUUUUUUUACUAAACCGUGAGUUGGACCCUCCCCAGUAAAUUUUGAACUGUCACUAACAUCAAUUUACUACCCUAGUACCUUGUUUGUGAUACCAUAACGCAAAAAAAGGCUGAUUUCAAAGUUGUCACCAAGAAUCAUAGUCAUUGCCAAGAACGUUAUUCAUUCACUUUGUCUCCCUCACCUCGCGUAUCUUCUCUCUCUCACUGAGUACGGUUACAUGCACACAAUAAUGCGAUAAUUGUGGAUAGUCAGAUUAAUAGAAUAGUUUGAUUAAAAUGUUUACAUGCUUUGCAAGAAGAAUGAAUUCCCUAAUAAUCCUGUUUACAUGGACACAUCUGAAAUCAGGCACCUGAUGGCACUCUGAUAAAUGCAGAAAAUUGCCAAUCAAAAUAAACGUUCUACCACAACGGCCAUGUUAUUUUUGGGAAGCAUAUUUGAUUCUGAGUUCGGACAUAUGAAGUUUGUAUGUGAAAACGACUUCUAAGACGCAUACAUUGUUGUUCCGAACUUACUUCACUAGCGCUAAAGAGGAAAGCUCGCUCGGCUGGUCCUAGCACAUGCGCAGAUUAAAUACACCGCUGGAACACCGAUUUAAGGUGUUUAUAUGUCCUAAUAAUUCAAAAGAUUACUCAGAAAACCAGCCGUUUUAAUCAGCGGAUGCUUACUUCGAUUUUGACUUUGACUUUACGCCGAUUUAAAAUAAGCAGAGUAAGGGGUGUUUACAUGACUAUUGCAUAAUCUGCCUACUACUAUAAUCACUUUAAUAUCGAAUUAUAACUGUGCAUGUAAAUGUACUUAUUGUGUGAGUGAAUUAUGUCAUUAGGUCUUAAAGAGACAGCGCACACUUUUAUAAAAGAAGAGUUUGCUUCUUCAAUGCAAAUGUUGUUGAUCAGUGCAAUAAAAUAACUCCCAAAAUGAAGGGAAACAUUGUUUUUCAUCUAGCCCCAUGAAAUCAGCCAAAAGAAGCUCCAUAACUCAAUGCAUGCACACACUCCUAUUGAAUAUGCAUUCACCUGUAUUGUGAAUAGGCCUAGGCUACAUCUUUAUUUACUCAGUUUAUCAAUAGAGAUUUAACAUUCAAAUAAAUGAUUACCAUUAUGUAGUCAGAGUGGUAAAAACAAAGUCAAAUUGAUUAUAUAAUUGAUUGUAUAAACGGACAUAGGUCAGGUCAUUAUCGGUGCACAGACGCGGAAAAUUGCUGGUGCCAUCAACUGAAAACGUAUGUAGCACCAGUAGUGCCACCAGUGGAAAAAGUUAGUUCUAGAACCUUGAGACUACUGUAGUGUAGAAGUGCAGGCCUCAAGCCAGUCCCAUGGCCAGCUCCAUGUGUUUUGCAUUGGUGUGAUAUGGGAGCAAGGCGGUCUAAUGGACGGGCUAGAGAUUAUACUGGCAACGGUGCUUUCGGGUCAGGAAUGUAUUGCGCUGACCAAUAUUAAAACUCAUCAGCUACAUUAGCGCUUAGUGUGGCCAACCAUCAAGCCUACUGGGUUAAAAUAACCCAACAGUCUCGAGGCACAGUGAAGCAUUGCUGCAGGCGCCGAUCCAAAGCUAAGACUAGAACUCCCUAACCACAUGCUGCUGUGGUUGAGUCAAGGCCUCUGCCAGUGUUCUAGGCUUGUUGUUAUCUGAGAGACUAACAACACUACACAAUGUGCCUAGAGAUAUACAUCUCAACAUUACUUUUGAUUUUGCACCUUAUACAGAGCCUAUGCAUGACAAUGGCACUCAGACAAUCAAAGUGGAGGUGGUGGAGCCCAUCAUUGAGCCACAGGAAGUGUGCAGAGAAGAGGCCAAUACCAGCUCCAGCCACUCCCCCUCCCCAAGAACAGUCUACACUUGUAAUGAUGGCAAGGUGAGUCUCACCGCCCCCGAUCUCACCCCCUCUCUUUCUUCCUCGCUGUGGUCGCUUUGAUGGGGAGGAAGCAUUCUAUUUUCCCUUACACAUGAACUUGGGAACUUGCAUUGCACUAGCCUUCACCUCUCCUUGAGGGUAAACAAGGCUGAGAUGAUUGUCCGUAUAGCUUAGGCAUCAGCACUGUUUAUUGCCCUGAUAGUGGUUGCAGGGCUAUACACGUAGUAAUUCUGCCUGCUUCACAUGACAGGGGGGGGAUUUGUGUUACAAGCAGAGAGCCUCUCAAUUCAAGCGUGAAGAACAAAAGCAAAUUAGAACUCUCACACGUUGCCCGCUAUUAAUUAUUUCUACCAGAGGAAUUGAAGUGACUGACAGGUAGCCCAAGAAAGAAAAAAGAGAAAGGGCUCCUCUAAGUUAAGAGCAGUGGAAAGCUUGUCUGCUGGCCAGGGGCCUAAAGCACAUUAGCUGCAAAGGGAAAAGCCUUUGGAUGCCAGCCUAAAGACUUCUCAGUGAUAAAGGCAGGGCGGCACACAUGGCGCUCUCUGCAUAAGCUCAUCUUUAACUCAGGGCAGGCCUGUCAAUCCGCUUGUAGAGUUGUUUGGUGCAGACUUACGCAACAUACCGCUCUGUGGUUCUAUGCCAGUAUAAAUACUCAGUGCAAGUCAUCCAGGCUGGAAACCACUGCCCCUUACUUAUUUAUGUAGCUGCUGAAGCAUGACUCUUUGAUUUCUAAUUUGGGCUGAAUAGUUGUGGGAUGGGCUGCUUUGCUGCUGUUGGUUAUAGUCCAGUGUGGUCACAGGUCUGAGUGUAGGUGACCCUCACUACAUAUCUGUGCUGUGUUCCUGCAGGUGCACCUGGGCGGGGGCAUCUGGGUGCAGGAAGAGAAGUGGCAUCAGCUACAGAGGACACAGGGAGACUCCAAGUUCACCAAGAACCUGGCCGUCAUGAUCUGGGGCACUGAGACGCUCAAGAAUAGGAGUGUCACUGGCGUGGCCACCAAAAAGAAGAAAGAUGCCCUUCCCAAGCCCCCCCUCUCCCCAAGCAAGCUGAAAAUAGUCAGAGGUAAAACUGUGUAGGCCUGCUUUCAGAUGUUUUAGGCACUGUUUGCAACUCACAAAGUUUGGAAAUAUCUCUUAAUUUUGGGGGAUGAGUAAUGCACACUUAUUUCCUUUUAUUUUUUUACAGAGUGUCUAUAUGACAGAGUGUCUCAAGAAACGGCAGACAGCGCAGAGAUCACACAAAGAUUGUCCAAAGUGAACAAAUACAUCUGUGAAAAAAUUAUGGAUAUCAACAAAUCCAUCAAGAACGAGGAGAGGCGGGAAUCGAAGCUGCUCAUUAGACAAACUGUCAAGAAGGAGAAUUUCACCUACGAUGGCAUGUAGUGUCAUAAAGUUGUCACCAUACUGUACCUCUCAUUUUCUGGUGGGUAGGAUCAUGUGUGCCAGCACUAGAGAUUCUCAGUGGGCGCCCAAUGCCCUAAACAAUCCUUCAGCUGUAAGACAGCUUUACCUGCCAGUCAAUGCAGUGAGUGGUUGAGCGCUUUGGUAUGAGUCAUAUGAACUGGUGUGAGUAUUUUUCUAGGCUUUAAGUAGGACCGGGUGGACAUGGGUUUUAGAGAUGUUUUUGUGUGGAGAGAUUCUUAAAGCAAUCUGGUUGUUAGAGAAUGCAGUCGCGCUCAAAUCAAAUGUUCUGUGUCAGAACAUGACAUUGAGUCCUAAUAUUCUUAGUGAUUUCCCUUGAAAAAU